AUGGCAGAACCCAAGGAUGAUCCAGACGCGGCCCAUUUCAUGGACAAGAUUGCAAACCAUCUUGGGAACAGCUGCUUGGAAGAGAACCUCAACGAUUUCCUAGAGCAGCACUCCGAGGAGCUGGUGCUCGAACUCCGCCGAGUUGACUCUUCGCGGUCGCCGGUAGAACAAGAAGGGCUGGAGCAUGAGGCCAAGCGAGAGGAGCUGGGGGGAGAGAAGCAAGAGGAGGCCAGCAUGGCGAGGGGAGAGGGUGCGGAGGGGUACCAAGACGGAGACGGCCACUUCAGCCAACGGGUCCACGAGCUGUACCAGGAGUUCCUGAAGAUCUUGCAGUCGAAUCUCGAAGAGUUUUUGCAAGCGGAAGGGUUGACGGAGACCCAGCUCAGGGACGCGUGCGAGAAGGAAAUGCGGGCGAAGGGUGGCAGGGGGGACUGUUUCAUGCACACCCUCAUCUCUUCGUGGGAAUUCUCAAGUUUCAUCGCGCUUGUUUCGGACUUCGCGGCCGAAGGGAUGGGGUCGGAGGACGAAGAGGAGGAGGAGGACGGGGAGGACGAUAUUGACGGCGACGGGGCGUCGGUGGAUGCCGCCCGGUCGUUCACUUACGGUUCCCGUCUUGACGAUGGAGCUGGAAGCUUCGACGACAUGAUGAGUGGUAGUCGUGAAGCAGUAGGGGAGCGCCGUCUCCUCCGAAGCCAUAACCGCCGGUGUCCUCGCAGCGACAGGAGCAGUAGCAGCAGUGGAAACAGCAGCGGCCGUAGUCGAAGAUCGCCCUCUCCGCCCGCGGCAGGUGCUGCUCCAGACGACGCGCUUGCCGGGCGCGGAGCGGCAGUCGUCGCCUGUAGUAGUAGGAAUCUAAGUGAUGGUGCGAAAGACGGGGCUGCUGGCGUGCGGACGGAGCAGCAGCGGCGGCCGGAUGGUAGUGGUCGUGCGGGUGAUGGUGAUACUCCCGGCGGUUCAGGCAGCAAGGCUAGAAUACACAGCGACAGCAGGAGGGGUAGCAAAGAGGCCGUCAGCUGUUGCGACGAUGCAUACCGUGGCGACGAUGGCACCGAGUCGCAAAGAGCAGGAGGUUCCGCCAGGAUAGAAGCGGGAGUAGGCCCGGGCAUGCAGGAGCUGUCUAUGAGGGCGGAAGCCAAGUGCUAG